CGGAGCCGUGUUGCUGUAGGGACGGCGCGGCGCGUUCGGGACGCGGACGGGUGCGGAGCGGGUGGGAUGGUGUGUGCGGCUCUGUUGUGGGGAUGGCUCCUGCUCGGCUGCAGCUGGGGCCCGGGGCUCCCCGGGGUCUGGGCCGCUGCGCUCUCGACGGCUACCUACGUGCUGGACGAUGCCGGCGGGCUGGGCAGGCAGUUCGACGGGAUCGGAGCUGUCAGCGGCGGCGGGGCCACAUCUAGACUCCUGGUGAACUACCAAGAACCUUAUCGCUCCCAGAUUUUAGAUUAUCUGUUCAAGCCAAAUUUUGGUGCUUCUUUACAUAUCCUCAAAGUAGAGAUUGGAGGUGAUGGACAAUCGACAGAUGGCACUGAACCCUCCCAUAUGCACUAUGAAAAUGACGAGAAUUACUUCCGGGGCUAUGAGUGGUGGCUGAUGAAAGAAGCCAAAAAGAGGAACCCCAAAAUUAAACUGAUUGGAUUACCUUGGACAUUUCCGGCAUGGAUAGGGAGGGGUGAAAACUGGCCCUAUGACUAUCCAGAUGUCACUGCUUACUAUGUUAUUUCUUGGAUAUUAGGAGCUAAACAGUAUCAUGAUUUGGAUAUUGAUUAUAUUGGGAUAUGGAAUGAAAGGGCAUUUAGUAGCAAAUAUAUAAAGCUGUUGAGAUACACAUUGGAUAAGCACGGUCUGCAGCAGGUGAGGAUCAUAGCCAGCGAUAGACUGUGGGAACCCAUUUCCUUUGUCUUGCUGCUUGACUCUGAGCUCCACGAAGUGGUCGAUGUGAUUGGGGCUCAUUAUCCUGGAACAAAAACAGUGCCAAAUGCCUUAUUAACUAAGAAGAAACUGUGGUCUUCAGAAGAUUACAGUACUUUCAAUGAUGAAGUGGGGGCAGGCUGCUGGGCUCGUAUCCUGAACCAAAACUACGUGAAUGGAAACAUGACCUCAACCAUUGCAUGGAACUUGGUGGCAAGUUAUUAUGAACAGUUGCCCUUUGGUCGAUGUGGAUUAAUGACAGCACAGGAGCCGUGGAGUGGCCACUACGAAGUAGACGCUCCUAUCUGGAUUACAGCACACACAACGCAAUUUACUCAGCCAGGCUGGUCAUACUUGCAAGUGGAUGGACAUUUAGAAGGAGGUGGCAGUUUUGUAGCUCUGACAGAUGGCCUAGGGAACCUUACCAUCAUCAUUGAAACUAUGACUCAUAAUCACUCUCAAUGUAUCAGGCCUCCACUACCUCAUUUCAGUGUGACACCUCAGAGAGCAACUUUCUACCUCAAAGGAUCAUUUUAUAUGGUGGAAACACUUCAAGUGUGGCAUUCUAGACUUGGUUUUGAAUCUGGAAACUCUAGUCUUUUUGAGCAACUCCAUCCUGUAAAGGUGUGGAAGGGAAGUUUUUCUUUAGAUCUAAACGUGGAUGAAGUCUACACUUUAACAACACUCAAGACAGGGCAGAAAUGUGGUUGCCCAGAGCCUCCACCACCUCAACCCUUUCCUUCAAAUUACAAAGAUGAUUUCAAUAUUCGGAAUCCACCUUUCAGUGAAGCCCCAAAUUUUGCAGAUCAGACAGGUGUAUUUGAAUACUUCAUAAAUGCUUCUGACCCAGGAGAUCAUGUGUUCACACUACGUCAGGUGGUGGUUCAGCAACCCAUCACUUGGGCUUCUGAUGCAGAUCAGACCAUCAGUCUCAUAGGAAAUUUUCAGUGGAUGAACGUGACAGUCACUUGUGACAUCUACAUAGAAAAACAACGUGAUGGGGGCGUGUUUAUUGCAGGAAGAGUUGACAAUGGUGGGAUAUAUGUUCGACGUACCAAAGGAGUUUUCUUCUGGGUUUUUGCAGAUGGCACCUACAGAGUCACUGGUGACCUAGCCGGAGAAGAAAUAUUAAUGAAAGGACUCUCUGGUGUCCGGGAUAAUACGUGGCACACACUUACUCUCAACAUUCAGGGCACUUCUGCCUCAGGACUGUUAAAUGGUUAUCCACUCUGGGAGAAUGUCACCGUUUCUAAACCAAGUAAUGGCUGGGCUGCUAUUGGAACUCGCUCGUUUGAGUUUGCGCAGUUUGACAACUUUCAUGUUGAAGCUAGCUGAGGUGGCUUUUGCAUUUGGAGACCCCAGUUCUCAUAUUACUCUGAAUAAGAGCCAGCUCAAACUUUGAGGACAACUUACUGCUAUGCUGAGAUUGAUCUGUUGGCAAGGAAUCUGAAUUCUGUCCUUAUUUGUUAAAGGUUUACUUGAGUAGAUAUCAACAUGACUGUAACUUUAUCCCCUGGUUGCCAUGGGAUUUUUGCCCUGCGAUUUUUUUGGGGUAAAUUUUACUUCAAGGUAAUGAUGAAAACAAAAUCAUGGAUUUCAAUCUCAUUUAAUAACAAGAUCUUAACUUCCCAGCUCACUUCUAAGAUAACUUUAGAAGUUAACAGAAAACAGAGGCAUCUCAAGCUGCAUUUUUAAUACUAACAUGAUUGUGUCCAUUCCUUUCACUCUGAAAGAAAGAAUGAAAUGCCAGUAAGCCUUAUGAGCCAGUGGCCCCAUACUAUUGUAGGUCUGUCAUUCUCAAAUUUCAUUUGGAUGAAGUACCUAGUUUUUAUAUAGUAAAAAAAAUAAAAAUUUGGCUGUUUUUCUGCUACAUUCUGAGGCUAGACAUUAUAUUACUCCAAGUGCAUUUGAUUACUUCUUCCUGAUUACUUCUUCCAACUUUCAUUGCCAGCCUUAAAAUAGGUCAUGUUUUCAGUGGAAUGGAAAUGGACCUUAUGGUUGAUCAGGCAGUGCAGGAUGUGCCUUCUAAACUACCUCCUCUUUCCAAUGAAGGGGUUGAAAUGGAUGAAAAGAUACCAUAGCUUGCAGUUUAUUAAUGAUAGCCUUGCAGGUUUUUUUUCACAUGGUGCAAAGAAUAAAAAAAUGGCAUUCUGGACGCUGGCAAGCAGUGUGCUUACUUUCAUGUCAGGUCACAUGUGGAAAGACUGGCCUUCCGUUCCUAGAAACUUGGGCAACCAUCUCUCACUUUUGAUAUAUCUAAAGCUUAGAGUAGAAAAUAAUUAAAGCAUAACAAUGUUAUUUAGCUUAUUACAUUGCUGUAGCACAGAGGAGAUAGGGAUAUUAUCAUGUCUUGGUAUAAAAUAAAAUAAAUUUAAAAAAAAAAUAGUCUUAGCCCUUAAGAGCUUGUGAUCUAUUUGUAAGGUAAAUGGCAGCAGAUGGACACAGACAAAUUGUUUACUGUGCCAGGCAGUGGUAUUGACACUUUUCCUAGGCAUCACGGAGUAAAAUUCAGAUGGAAUUUCAGAUCCUUGGGAAAGGAGGGAUUCUGUUGUUGCUUCAUUAAUUUUUUUUUUCCAAGUUACUGUGCUACAAAAAAAAAAUCAUUGAGCAUAUAAUGAGGUACUAAAUGGGAUUUUCAUCACACACAUUCCAAAUUCAGUUGGCUUCUGAAUUUUUCUUGUUUGUUGUUGGUCAAUUUGAAUGCAGAUGUCUAUUGCGAAAAUGAAACAAGCCUUCUGUGUCCGUCUACUUUUCACAUUCACAUCCUAUUAAUUGACAAGCAGGUAGUUCCACAGACUUAAUAAGGGUACUAAUAGCUGUAUGAGUUUAUCUGUAGCAGGCAAUAUCUUAUGUUGAGAAAUAGAUUUGCAGUAUACUUUGAUUUAUACAGAUUAUUAUUCUGAUCCACUUUAUUUUGAAGUCUGAUUCCAGUAAGUGUUAACUUCAGUCUUCGAAGUUGUCAUCUAAUAUAGAGUUAAUGUAAUACAAAUCAUUACUGGAACAUUUUUAUAAAGGUUAUCUUCCAAAUUAGUGUUUAGAGAAGAGAUCUCAAAAUUCUAUCUCUGAUAAUUAAAAAUGUUUUCUCUUUUAGCUAUUAUACUGGUACUGCUAUUGAUUUGGUUAUGAAUCAUUUAUAUGUGCAAGUUUCACACAUGCUAGUUACCUUGAAAAAUGAUCCAAACCGCUAAACUUUAAAACUCUUACAGAAGGCUUCCAAAUAUUAAGUAACUAUUUACUUAACUGGGUGAGAAAUGAAAGCCAUUUUUCCACUUCAGCUUCAUUUGAUGCUUGAAGUAUGGAUGCAAAUCUGUUCACUACUUGCGUGAUUUCAGAAGGGAUGUUACUCAUAACUCCAGAUGUGAAGGAAUCUAAUUUUAGGUCCUCAUAUUCAAGUAAUAUGAGUAUUGGAGAAGUAGUUCUCAGAAUAAACUUAUUUUAGCUGUGAUGGAUUUUCCUGGCAGUAUACUUCUUGGAGACUUCCUUGUAUGGCUGCAAGCAGUGUUUGUGUAAGAGAGCGAUCAGCAAUGAUGCAAUUAUUCCAAAGGAGAUGUCCUUUUUUUUUAACCUUUUAAUGCACUAGUGUAAGAAACUGUACUGUUUAUAUUGUGUACUAAACACAAUGUAUUUUAUCACUGGAAGUGUUGAUUUUUUUCUAAUCUUAAUUUAUAAUGUUAGAGGAUUAAACUGUUAUGAACAGAGUAAGUGAUUUAAUGGUGAUAUAAUGUUAUUAAUCUUUAUAUGUCUGUAAUUCUUCACCCUUCAGCAGGCUGUAAUAUGUUUGGCAAUAACGAGCUGUCAGGUCUUUUGUGAGGGGUGGAUUUAUGUUGUUGAUUGUAAAGACUAAUCAUUCCAAAUGGACAAAUAAACCACUUAAAACCUC